AUGUCGGCUGAUAACUUCGUCGCCCCCGGCCAGCAGCGCUACCUUCGCGCCUGCAUGGUCUGCUCCAUCGUCAUGACCUACGCUCGCUUCCGCGACGAGGGCUGCCCCAACUGCGAAGAGUUCCUGCACAUGGCCGGCUCCCAAGACCAGAUCGAGAGCUGCACCUCGCAGGUGUUCGAAGGCCUUAUCACCCUCGCGAAUCCGAAGCGGUCCUGGGUCGCCAAGUGGCAGCGCCUCGACGGCUACGUCCGCGGCGUCUACGCCAUCAAGGUCUCGGGCCAGCUGCCCGACGAGAUUCGCAACACGCUCGAGGAGGAGUAUAGGAUACACUAUAUCCCGCGCGACGGGACGGAAACGGAAGUCGACAAUUAA